AACUUCUCUGGAAACAUGCCCCCACCCUUCUAGCCAGCCAGUUUACACACAAUCUUCUGCUCCUCCUUCACUGAAAUGUCAGGUCAAGAGAAAGAAGAAAAACAAAAUCAAGAGCUGCUCUUAAUAUUUUGAACUUUCUAAUUCCACCCAUUAAGAGGAAAGACUAACCCAAGUCUGACUCAGUCAACAAGCUAAACUCUCAAAGUAUCAACAUUACAUGAGAUUUUGAAAACAAGUAAAAGAAGAGUCCACAAGUAUUGUGGCUUCACAAAGAAGCUGGAGGCUGACAACUGGCAGUAAAACAGAAGAUGGCAAGCUUAAAAGCCAGCACUCAAGCAGACCCUGAAAUUGAGCUUUUUGUGAAGGCUGGAAGUGAUGGGGAAAGUAUUGGAAACUGUCCCUUUUGCCAACGCCUUUUCAUGAUACUCUGGCUUAAAGGAGUUAAAUUUAAUGUGACUACUAUUGACAUAUCCAGAAAACCUGAAGCACUGAAGAACUUAGCCCCAGGCACCAAUCCUCCAUUCUUGUUAUAUAACAACGAGCUGAAAACAGAUUUCAUUAAAAUUGAGGAGUUUCUAGAGCAGAUACUGGCUCCUCCAAGGUAUCCCUACCUGAGUCCCAAGUACAAGGAAUCUUUUGAUGUGGGAUGUAAUCUCUUUGCCAAGUUUUCUGCAUAUAUUAAGAAUACAAAAAAGGAAGCAAAUAAGAAUUUUGAAAAAUCCCUGCUUAGAGAAUUUAAACGUCUGGAUGACUAUUUAAACACUCCACUUCUGGAUGAAAUUGAUCUAGACAGUGCUGAGGAACAUACAAUUUCCAGAAGACUGUUCUUGGAUGGUGAUCAAAUAACCCUGGCUGACUGCAGUUUGUUGCCAAAACUGAACAUUAUUAAAGUUGCUGCAAAAAAGUAUCGUGACUUUGACAUUCCAGCAGAAUUCUCAGGAGUCUGGCGCUAUCUCCAUAAUGCCUAUGCCCGUGAAGAAUUUGCCCACACAUGUCCUGAAGACAAAGAAAUUGAAAAUGCCUAUGCAAAUGUGGCUAAACAGUAGAGAUAAGACAAGUCUUUCAGAAGAAAAAGCUCUCUUUGUUAUCUAAUAUCACUUUGUACCUUAUUAGAAAGAUUAUUGGAAAUAAUACCAAAGAAAAUACUAUUUCCUUCUAAUCAACCCAAUACUAGAAAAGAACUCUAAGUUUUCUGCCAUAAACAAUCUUUGUAUUUUACAGAUAGUCAUAUUUUCAUUUCAUUUAUCCCUAUGACAAAACAUUGAAUCUUAAAACAUGGAAUGAAUCAAAAUCUUUUGCUUUUUGAUUGAGUUCCUAGGAUAUAUAACAUGUGAGCUAGAACAUAUGUCUGUCAAUGUAGAUGAAGUAGAUAUUGACAAAUACUUUAUGAUAUCACCCAUUUGUAAACUUGCAAACAGAAAUUAAUGUCACAGAUGCUAAGAUAGUAGUUACCAAAGGCUGGGAGAGAACAGAGAUAGAGAAAUAGUGAAAAUGAGAUUUUAAAAGUUUAAGUUU